CCUGCCUCUUAAUCAAAGUGUUUGCUAUCACCAGUUCCACUAGUGAGUGUAGCAGAAGAAUGAGUCUAUGUUUGCUUUGUACGAUGUUCCUCCCUCCCUCUCAGCCUGUGCCAAGAAGGCAGUAUAAGUACUAUAUUAAAGAGCCUUUGUGCCCGACGUGCUCACAUCAGUUUGUGUCCAAGCCACCUGUAUUUGAGCACUCAGCAGAGUGCCUGCCACAUUUUGGGGUCACUGGGGCUUCUACUUCUUCAAGGUGGUCCAACCUAACAUCUGAAAUACCACCAUGAACUGGGCCUUCCUUGAGGGCCUCCUUAGCGGGGUGAACAAGUAUUCCACAGCGUUCGGGCGGAUCUGGCUCGCCAUCGUUUUCAUCUUCAGGCUCUUGGUCUUCCUGGUGGCCUGUGAGAAGGUCUGGGGUGACGAGCAAAAGGACUUUGAUUGCAACACGCGGCAGCCUGGUUGUCACAAUGUCUGCUACGACCACUACUUCCCCAUCUCCUACACCCGACUCUGGGCCCUCCAGUUGAUCUUUGUCACCUGUCCGUCCCUUCUCGUGACACUGCAUGUGUCUUACCGAAACGAACGCGAGCGCAAACAUCGGCUGAAGCACGGAGAAGACUGCACCCCUCUGUAUGAUGACACAGGGAAGAAGCGAGGGGGUCUUUGGUGGACCUACUUCUUUAGCCUGAUGUUUAAGAUAACGGUGGAUGCUGUGUUUGUCUUCCUGCUGUUCUACAUCUAUGAGGCAACGUUCUUCCCACCGUUGGUGAAAUGCAACGAAGAGCCAUGUCCCAAUGUGGUGGACUGCUACAUUGCCAGGCCCACAGAGAAGAAAAUAUUCACCAUCUUCAUGGUGGUGACCAGCUUUGUGUGCAUCUUCCUCACUCUUUGCGAGGUCUUCUACCUAUGUGGGAAGAGGUUCUGGGAGUGCUGCAGGGGAGGACCCCGCUCAGCGAGAGAAAACUCCUUCAUGAUGACCAGAACUCCUCUCACUGGGAAGGAGAACUCAGCGUACAACGAGCCUGUGCCGGCCAAGGCGGUUGACAAAGGCAAUGGAGAAGCUGGCAUACAGAGUUCAGCCCCAGCAUACAGCAUUGCAGUCUCCUGAGAGACAUGCAUCAUGUUAAUGAGUUUGACUUGAAAAUUAAGGUAAAAAUGAUGUUAGGUAGCUUUUGUAUUCUUGGCAAGGAAUCUGCAAAAAUUAAAGAAAAUCUUGUUUACAAAGGUCAUGUCUUUAUUUUUAUUUUUUUAUUAUUUUUAACAUGAAAAUGAUGUACUG